AUGUGUACGUACCGGUGGAAUGGACGACAACUCACACACGAAACAGCGUUCGGAGGCACAGGAAGCUCAUUUUCCUUCGGCUCAUCCGCGCAGAGCACAACAGCUGACCAGAAGCCACCCGCCUUUUCUUUUGGUGGCUCAACGACGCCAGCUGCCCAACCACCAGCUAAUUUGUUCGGGUCCAAACCGUCUGCAACUUCUGCACCUUCUUCAGGGCUUUUCGGUCAAGCCCCAAAGCCCGCUGAAUCAUCCAGCUCUGCCCCUUCGCAGCCAUCGACUGGUUUGUUUGGUUCAGCCAAACCUAAAGAUGAGACCAAACCUGUUGCUUUCUCAUUUGGUGGAAAACCGGCAUCUUCAGGAGGCUUUAGCUUUGGAAACCCCGUAAACUCUAACGCGUCUUCUACCAACACAGCCGCUGAGAAUACGACAUCCUCAGGCGGAGGGUUUUCCUUCGGCGCAAAAUCUACGGAUAACACUGCACCAAAGCCAGGUGGUUUUUCAUUCGGCUCAAAACCUGCAGAUAACAAUGUUCCCAAGCCGGGUGGGUUUUCGUUCGGCACACAGCCUGUCGACAAUAAUGCGCCUAAGCCGGGUGGGUUUUCAUUCGGCUCAAAACCAACUGAAAACAACAGCCAGUCCUCUGAUCCGUCGAAGCCCAGCGGUUUCUCAUUCGGGAACAAGCCAGCUGAUGGCAACAGCAACUCCAGCACCACGACCUCUACGACACAAAACUCAUCGGAAGUACCUAAAGGCACUGGUUUUUCUUUUGCCACCAAGCCCGCAGACUCGACCAGCUCGUCCAAGUCGACGGGCUUCUCAUUAGGAACCCAACCGGCGGCUGCCACAAACAACACACAAUCGGAAGCCCCGAAGUCCACCGGCUUCUCGUUCGGAACCAAGCCUUCAGAAUUAAAACCGGAGGAUAAAAAGGAUGAUGCCAAGCCAGCAGGUUCUCUUUUUGGCGGCAACAGAACGACUGACAGCUCUUCUGCUACAAGCAAACCUGCUGAAAGUGGUGGCCUCUUUGGUAAGCCGCCAAGUAGUAAUACAUCAUCCAUUGGUGGCUUUUCGUUUGGUAAAUCAGCGGAAGCGAACAAGCCCGAUACAUCCUCUACAUCAGCGGCAGCAACAGCAACCAAUGCUGCUGGUCCCAAGCCAGUAUCUGCGGCACCUGUAUCAGCCCCAUCUCUUCUUCGGGGAAAAAGCAUGGAAGAUAUUGUGAAAAUGUGGCAAGAUGAACUCGAUGCCUCAAUAAAAGAAUUUAGUCAACAGGCCGGCGAAGUGGCCGCUUAUGAUCGGGUCCUAUUGAAAGGAGGGGAUGAAAUUAGCAAACUCGUUACACAAAUCACACAAGCGGAGGAGCGGCAGUCGGGUAUUGACCAAACGUUGGACUAUGUGGAGCAACAGCAAGCAGAACUUAAUGCUCUGAUGGACACGUAUGAACAGCAACGGAAAGACUUGCUCCAAGCGAGUGGUGCACAAACACAUGGGCGAAUGGAUAUGGGCGUCGCAGAUGUGGAACGAGAAAAGGCCUAUCAACUCGCCGAAAGCCUUAAUACCCAGCUUGACGAUAUGUCGCGAAAUCUUGUUUUGAUGAUUGAUGAGGUCAAUCAAAUGUCAGCGCCCACAAGUGCACGACAAGGCUCAUCCAGAGAUACUACUGAUGCAAACCCGGAAUCGCUUGGCCCCCUUCGUGUUGGCUCAACAGAUAUUUUGGCUGGUCAUGAAGAUCCCAUCAUGCAAAUCUCAGCCAUCCUCAAUGCGCAUUUCAGCAGUCUCAAGUGGAUUGACGAACAUACUUCGUCCCUGCGCGAUCGUCUUGAAGCUCUGCGCCGUGGACAGACGGAAAAGGCACUUAUCCAUGAUACAUUGCGCUCCAGCGUUGGUCCAGACUCGCCACGGAGCUCUACACCAAGCCGUUCACUUCGCGAGAGUAGCACGGCGCCUCGAUCUCGAUUCCUGGGCGUAUAG